AUGGCGGUUUCCUGCAUUUGUGCUGUGCCAGAGAGUGGUUCACACAGGGACCUCCCACAAAGAGGAGCUCCUCGCCAAGUCGGCUGGGGCCCCAGCGCCCGGCAGGGGUCCACCCCCGUCCUCCAGGCCCCUGCCCUCCUCCCAAGCCUCAGCUCCAACCUUAGCAGCUUGCUUACAUGCCGAGGGCCUGGCAGCAGCAGGGCUGGGAGGGGCAUGGGGGCCUUCCUGGAGGAGGGGACUUUGGACAGAGUGGGCCAUGAAGACAGCUUCUCAGGGGACAGAGAGUCCAGGGCAGAGCAGAUGGGGUGCCACGGUGAGGGCAGGCCGUGGGCACUGGGUGGGUGCCGUGGGUGGAGGGCAGAGGUUACAGGGAGGCGAAGCAGCAGCAGAGACUGGGCCUCCUUCCACGUUCUGAGUGAGGAGGGGGGCGGCCUGGAGGCACCCCUGGAUGUAGCGAUGCUGAGUACUUAUGGCCCAUGA